ACCUCAGUUAGCUGACCGAUCAGUGACAACGGAUCGCGCGCCGAGCACAGUUCAAAUUGGAAAACACGCAAAGUAACUGUUCUCAGGAAAUAAAAACCUACUAAAAUCAAAUACUUAAAGCAAUAUCAAGCAACAUCAUGAAUUAACUGAAAACUUAACACUUGUUUAUAUUCUCUGGGCUAGUGGGUCAAGCGGAUAUAUUAUUUUCAAUUGAUGCACUAAGCCGGGAACGCUAGAUCAUUGUACAUUUAAUAUAAUAAUAACAUGUCUCGGUUAUACUAUUGCCUGAUCUGGCUAGGCUUGCAUGCAAAUCUGAUGCUCGCCGAUAUUCUCAAGUACGACCCAGCCAUUAUAGAAGAUGCGCAUCUGCGAACGCCUGGACUUAUCAGAAAGUAUGGCUAUCAGUUUGAAGAGCAUAAAAUUGAUACCAAGGAUGGCUUUCGAUUGACGGCACAUCGCAUACCCAAGCCAGGUGCUCAGCCUGUGCUGUUGGUGCAUGGACUCGAGGAUAGCUCGUCGGCCUGGAUCUUGUCGGGACCAGGUCGGGGCCUGGGCUACCUGCUCAGCGAUCGCGGCUACGAUGUCUGGAUGCUCAACACAAGGGGCAAUCGCUAUUCCCGCAAGCAUCGCAAAUACCAUCCUCUGCACCGCCAGUUCUGGGACUUUUCGUUCCAUGAGCUGGGCAUUUAUGAUCUGCCCGCGAGCAUUGACUAUGUGCUAGCCAACAGUAAGGGCUACAAGCAGCUACACUAUGUGGGCCACUCGCAGGGCACCACCUCCUUCUUUGUGCUGGGCGCCGAGCGACCCACUUACAUGAAAAAGAUCAAACUGAUGCAGGCACUUGCGCCCGUGGCCUAUUUCAAUAAUGUGCAGCAGCCACUGCUCAAGGCUAUUGCUCCCUAUGUACCCGACAUUAUGCGCUUGUCUCAGAUCUUUGGAAUCUAUGAAUUUCCACCGGAGAGGGAAGUGUGGCGCGAAUUGAACUAUAAUCUCUGCAGUUUUGCCUUUCGAAACACAUGCACCUAUCUUAUAAUGCAAUUAAUGGGCGUGGAUUUCGAACAACUUAAUAGUACGCUCGUGCCAAUACUGCUGGGCCAAUAUCCGGCUGGCUCAUCCGUCAAGUCAUUCGGCCAUUAUUCUCAGCAGGUUAGCAGCGGUGGCUUCAUCAAGUAUGACUAUGAGAAUCCCUAUAUAAAUCAAAGACGAUACGGCAGUGCCAAGCCACCAGCGUACAAGUUGGCCAACAUUAACUGCAAAGUGGCCUUGUAUUAUGGCCAAAACGAUGUCCUAACAGCUGUCAAGGAUGUGCAGCGUUUGCGCGAUGAGCUGCCAAAUGUCGUUCAUGAUGAGAAAUUGGCCUACAAGAAAUUUAAUCAUCUCGACUUUAUAUUUGCGAAUGAUGUCAAAGAGUUGCUCUACGACAGCAUGUUCCAGGUAAUGGCAAGAGUCGACAAGGGGGAGCUUUAGUUCAAAAGUUGAAUAGGAUUAAUCACAUACAGCCAUAUGAAAUAAUUUGAAAAUGUGAGCACCUUAGUAUCCCUAGUCAUUUGUGAUUUGUAAGCCGUGAGUGAUUUUUAAUGAAAAGUUUAUAGAUAUAAGUACAUAUUAUAUUUUGUACAUUUGUAUGAGAUUAACAACUUUUAGGUCGCAUUGUUUAUAAAUCCAUCUAAUCAUGUUUAGCUUGAUAUAAAGUCUAAUCAAAUUUAGCUUGAUUUAAAGUUUGUUAAUUAUUUCCUUUCUCCCUUUGUCUUCUUUUAAAUUUGAGUUAAGCCUAUAAAAUAAUAAUGUAAAUAUUUUGUUAAUUUUCUCAGUUACUUUCACAAUUCUGUUCCAUCUAUAAUACAAAUAUAACUAGCUUACCUAUUCUUGAGGAAUAUUUGAUUCCAAUUUAGGAAAUUAUUUUUACAAUACCUCCAAAAUAAUUUAAAGAAAUUAUUUGGCAAUUGCCAUGGACUUGCACCUGUUUCAGAUAUGUUAAAAACUUGUUUAAGUAUGUGUACAUAUUAUAUUUUUAUUGAAAGUUAGAUAAAAGGAAAGAAACUUCUUGAGCAUAUAGUUUAUACACAUAUUUAACUCAUACGAAUUUGAAAUGGAUAUUUUUAAAUAAUUAAGAUUAUUCGUUUUUAGAAUAACCCAUAAGAGUUAUAACUUUUUAGCUUUGCAAAUAGGUAAAACAUCAUAUAAUAUUUUAAGUUCUUGAAUUUCACAACCUUAUAGAACUUCAUAUAAUAUAAAAAGCUGUAUAAAGUAGGCUCUGCCAGUUUUGUUUGAGCAAAAUGUAUAGCUUAUCAAGUAAUUGUAAAAAGUCCAGAUAGAAUUUUAACUUGUUUAAUAGUUUUAAAAAAAAAAGUUGUAUUGGUGUUUUUAUUUAAGCAUGAAGUUGUAUGUGUUCUAUUUACUGUGUAGCCGAUGAAUAUUCGGCGGUAAUUAUAAGUUAUUUACUUUGUAACCCUUAUUCAAUUGAUUUUAUCAGUAAUAUUAAUAUUCAUUAUUUUA